AUGAGUGAAGACACUGGCGUCCAGUUUGUGGGCGCCAGGUCCAAGGUAACAACAAUCCCCAAAGAACGUGGGCGUACACGCCGUCAAGUCUCCCAAGACUUAAAUGGACCGCCUGAUUCUGACAGUGUCGGGGAUGAGACCGACGUUCAGUUCCUGGGCGCUAGGGCCAAGCGUCCACGACACAGAGUCUCUGAAGAAGAUCCCAACUCCCCGGCAUUUUCUUCUCGACAACCAAGUCUGCGAUCCCGCCGCUCCCUUCAUUCACCUUUCCAUCCGAUGGAUCGGCAAAUUGAAAGACCCCAAGACCAGCUCAUAUUGUACCAAGGUGGAUCUGUACUCCCGCAAUCGGUUGGAAGACAAAAUAGAGAUGAUGAAGGGAUAGAUCUCGCGGAAGUGAUUGAUCUUACAAUUGAUGAAGCUGUCGAUCCGUCAGGCGGCGUUGAUCGCCCACCGGACUUACGGCCACGGCGCCACUUACCACCCCUCCACACGAUGGGUUUUGUAAGUCUGGAGCCCGGCCAAUCCCAACCGCGCGAUGAGUCUGCCGAAGACCCAGAAGUUGAAUUUGUUCGAAGCAUCAGACGUGCGCCAUCAGACAACCUGCCUUCUCAUGAUCAUAUCCCGCUAGGACUUAUCGGGGGACGCCAUUGGGCCCCAUGGUAUAAUCAUCGGGAACGUAAUCAGAGAUUCUUGCGCCCCUAUCCUUAUGGUAUGGAUUAUGACACACCUGCAUGGCGUACGGAGAAUACUCGUCUCCUUUUCGAAGACCUUGAACUCCCUCCAUUCAUCCCUCCACUCGCACCAUUACCAACCGAGCCUCCUGUUUACAAAGCCCCGAGUCCUGCACCGGAUGGAUUCACACGGAACCUGGCUGAGGAUGAUGUCGCAAUUUGCCCUCAUUGUGACUCGACGCUAGGUACCGGUGAGGGAAAGAAACGGGAGAUAUGGCUUGCAAAGGCGUGUGGACAUGCCUAUUGUGGAGACUGUGCCUCCAAUCGGUCCCAAAAGGCAGCCCAGACCAACGCAGCUGAGCCAUUUUCCAAAUGUCAAGUUCCAGAAUGUGGUCAAAAAGUGAGCUCCAAGUCAGCGAUGAUUCAGUUGUUCAUCUGA